AUGUCGCUGGAACGUGUCCCGUCUACUACAUCGCAUUUCGAACAAGAAGAGUCACAGAAUUCGAAUUCUCAAGUGACAAUCGAACUAGAUGAAAAGAUGCCUAAUGAAAAUAAUGUAAAUCGCUUGACAAAAUUACAGAAACUUCCUAGUAUAACCGAGCAACAGAAUUCAGUAGAAUCAUUUUCUACUCCAAGUACUCCAGGAUAUGCGAGAGAAGAUCAACAUCGUACUCGUCGACGUUCUUCCGUUCAGAUUCUUGAUAAAAAAUUUAUUCAAUUACUACCAAGCCAGAUGACAUCAUCGUUCAUCGGAAACAAUGAAUCUUAUACCAGAGGAAACGUAUCAGACUGUGAGUUAUAA